AUGACUACUUUGCCACUCGACACUAACGAUGAAGAUUUGAUGGAGAAAGGGGAACAUGGAGUUCGUGAUGUGGUUAUGGCCACUUUCCUAGACAAUAAAACAUUGCAACCAAUCAGAUUGGAAGGUGUUACACAGGAACAAUUCAAGCAGUCGCUACCAAGUCAGACGACGGAACGUUAUCUUCAGUACUUACGAGGUGUUAAAGGUAGAAAGGACGCAAAAGAAUGUAUCGUCAGUACAAUUGAGCGGCGCCCUCAAGGCUAUCCACAGCUUGCGGCGGUCAUAGAUAGUGAUGAACAAUUCAUGUUGUAUCGACGAUUUGGCCACCUACAAGCACGCAUCUUGCUCAACAAACAGGACGAAUUGCGAGAGCUAGAGGAUCGGCUUGCUCAUAUAGACAGGUUUUAUGCGAGAAGAUGGCCCGCAAGGCUGCGCUCCAGAGACAUCUGUAACGCCGAAAGCAAUGAUCUCAGAGGCAUUCUUGAGGCGAUUGAGGGAAAGUACAAGGAAUAUGUUCAGCUCUUGACGCACGCACAAACUUUGACGAGUUUCGACCGGCCAAUGACGGUGGACUACUUAAGACUGAAGAGUUACUUUGAUCGAGAAGCCCCCCUUUGCGGAGAUGAGCAACAGUAUAUCCUCACUAAAGAGGAUCUCAUCACCCUCAAGCCAAGUCGAGAAAAUACAUGGUUGGAUUCCGCUGUCGAAAAGAUACCACAGAAUUUCCCAUGCCGCUUGACGCGAUAUAUAUUUGCUUCUAUAGAACUCCAACAGAAAACAGAUCCCAGCACUACAAAGAUCGUACUGUUUAAUCCAGAUAGAGUAAAUGCAAUAGUAUCAGCGAUUCUUCUUGUCACAGUUCUCACACUUCUCAUCGUCCCAGUCUACAUACUUUGGUACUUGAAUCAUAUAUCAACAUCGAGUUCGUUCAUUGGCGUAGUUAUUACGGUUCUCCUUGUUUUUACCUUCAUCUUCUCUGCAGUUUUAUCGCUCUUCACUCGAGCUAAACGUCACGAGGUUCUGGCUGCCGCAGCUGCAUACUGUGCAGUUCUUGUUGUAUUCGUGGGAAAUGUUGGAAGCCUGUCUCCACCAGCAGGAGGAUAA